CCUUCGGCCCUGGAGCCUCCCCGUACCAUCCGUCGUCGUCUGGGCCGUCAGGUCCUGUGGGCCCGGGCCCCCAUCCGGCCAUCGGCCACGGAGGGCCGCCCCUUCCGCCCGUGCCCCCGGGCCCCGAAAAUGGCGGAGACCAGUGUGACCGGGUCUUGGCAGAGCCCUACUUUGAGCUGAGGAGCACCGCCCUGGGCUCUGGAAGCGUCGACUGCAGGAUUAUUGUGAGGCGUCAUGGGCCGGACAUGUGUCGACUGGAGCUGCUUUUCAUUCGGUUCGACGUGGACUGCAACCAGGACCAGUUUCGCGUCCAGGACGUCCAGAUCUGCGGCCGCCUGGACCACUACUCGACCAGAAGCUACGAGUUCGACGGACCAGAGAUGUAUAUCUACUACCACUCCUCAUCGGAUGGCAAAGCAUCUGACUUCCUUAUCAAAGGCCGCCAGACAACCUGCACCGGCGCUCUGCCACCGCCACCACCCCCGCCUCACUCGCCGGGACCCCCGCCAGCUCAUGGCCACGGACACGAGUAUCCUCGGCACCACGGAGGCGUGCCUCAGGGAGGAUACCCUCCCCCACCGCCGCCUCCACACUACCCACCGCCGCCGCCACCUGCGCACUCGAUACUCGGGCCCCGGCCGUCCCAUUAUCCUGGGCCGCCGUCGCACUAUCCACCCCCAUCGCCCCACUACCCACCGCCGUCCCAACUGUAUCCACCGCCCUCUCAGCAGUACCCACCACCGGCACCCCACUACCCUCCGCCGCCAGCACAUCCGCCCCCUGCCGGGGGCGCCCGCGGCUACCCCGGACAGCACGGCUUGCCCGAUCCGCGGAUUCCGCCACCGCCAGCGCCGCACCACGGACAUCCCCCGGGCCCCUGGCCACAGCAGCCGUCACCGCCGUCUGGAAGACGUGAGUUCCUUUUGUGA